AGGUCCUGUGGCCAGGGGCGGGCCCCAGGGGCAGGCAAAUUUGCGCGGGUUUGGCGUAGUCAUGGCGGCUUUCCGUGAUAUUGAGGAGGUGAGCCAGGGGCUGCUGAGUCUGCUGGGCACCAACCAUGCCCAGGCGCAGCAGCGACGGCUCCUGGGGCGCCACGAGCAGAUCCUGGAGCGGCUGCUGGAGAUGCAGGAUGGCGCCGAGCAGCAGCUGCGAGAGACGCUGGCUGUGGAGGAGAAGGUGGCCCAGAGCGUCCUCGACACCAAGGAGCGCGUGUGCCAGGGUGGCACCGAGCUGCAGCAGCUGGAGGCCGAGCUCCAGAAGGCCAGCGGGGAGGAUGCGGUCCUGCAGGCCCAGCUGCACCAGCUCGGCCGGGAGCUGCAGGAGCUCAGAGAUCUGGAGGCGGAACUGGACAGACAGGAGAGAGAGGUGGACGAGGACACCACGGUCACCAUCCCCGCUGCCGUGUACGUGGCUCAGCUUUAUCGGCGGAUUAGCAAAAUAGAGUGGGAUUAUGAGUGCGAGCCCGGGGCGAUCCGAGGCACAGUCCAUCAUGGCCCCAGCGUGGCCCAGCCCGUCCACCUGGACAGCUUCCAGCUCUCCAAACAGUUCGUCAGCGACCACCUCUGGAGCCUGGUGGACACUGAGUGGUAGCCGGAGCCGCGGGGGCGGUCCCCACACAGCAGGAAUCCCUGGAGGGUGGCAAGUGGCUGGGGGGUGGGAACAGGUUAAAGUUAAACGUUUGUGUCAGGUGUGGGGGCGCACGCCUGUCAUCCUAGCACUCAGGAGGCUGAGGCAAGAGGAUCGCGAGUUCGAGG